AAAAAAUUGACUGACAGUCGUCGAUUUUUGUGUAAACUGUAAUGUGUAUUGUAUUAGUUUUCGUGAAAUUUUUACUGAAAUUGUUGUGUUAUAUAUUUACUAAAAAAACUUGCAAUGAAUAUUCUUGAUAAUAUCUAUAAAAAUAGCCUACAAGAAAGCGAGAAGAACAUUAAGUUUUGGGAAGAAUAUUUGCAGAAUCUUACCUCGUUAGAUUUUAAUAUAUAUUCUGAUAAAUUGACUGUGCCAAUAUUAGUACCAAUAGGCAACAAGAUAUUGUUUAGAGGAUCUCUUAAGCAUACAAAUGAAGUAACUGUUGCUUUAGGUGCUGAUUAUUUCACUAAAUGUUCUACAAACCAAGCUGAAGUAUUGCGGCAACAUAGAAUAAAAGAUGCAAAAUCAAAACUUGAAGCAUUCAAUAAAGAAAGGGACUAUCUUGAAAGUCAAAUAUCUUUUAGCAAAGGAAUUAUCAAUGGAAAUCAAGGGCAAGAUAUAAUAGAAGAGUGUAGUGAAGAAGAAGAUAAAGCUUGGAGGGAGAAGCAUAGAGAAAAAGUGAGAGAAUAUUACAAAAAUAGAGAAAAGAAUGAUGUAGAAAAAAGUAAUGUUACUGAUGAGGAGUUAUGGACAAGAUUGGAGGAACUUGAACUUCAGGAAGAAUUAGAGAAUGAAAUGGCUCACAAUGACAAUCAAAAUGAACUGGAUGAUAAUGACAAAAAUGAAUAUGACUCAUUUAUCAUUAAGGAAGAUGAUGUCAGUAAUAUUCCGGCAGAACAAACUAAUGAUAGACAAGAUGUACCGCAAAUCACCCAUAAUUUUCCAAAGCACACUUCUAAUGUUAAUUUGCUAUUACAAGUUAUUGAUAGGCAGAAAAUGCUUGAGGAAAAACUGUCUGAACUAAAAAAUAGAGAGAAAGUUCAAACCAAAACAGAAAGUGACCUAUUGUCCAGGCUGGAUGAGAUGGAACAGCUGGAUGAGUUAGAGGAUGAAAUGGAUAGGUUAGAUGAUAUAAUACUGGAAGAUGAGGAAGGUAUGGAAAAUUUUCUCAAAAGUGACAAUUCAGCUAGAAUUACGAGAAGUGUUUCAUUUGCUGAUCAAGAUGACAGUGAAACAAUAGAAAUAACUUUCCAACAUUCAAAUAUAGAACCGUGUAAAGAAGCUUAUGAUCCUGAAAAGGGUAUUUUAAAACCGACUGAUAUUUAUAAAGCCUAUUCAACAUUAUUUGGACAUGAGACAACUUCUAUACUUAAAAAAUCUAAAUAUGAGAACUUUUCAGUAGAUAAUGUCUAUGAAGAUGAAGCUGCAAAACCAACUGAAGUUCCUCAAUAUGCAAGUGAAGUAGAUGAUACUCUAAAAACUAUUAUUAUUAAAGAUGUAGUUGAAAAAUCAGAUACCAAUGGAAAUAAAGUACAGUAUGAUACUAGACCAUCAAGUUUAUUUAAAAAGAAGAGGCAGCAACAGAAAUCUAUCCAGCAAAAUGAAAAUCAUGUAGGCCUUUUCUACACUCUGAACAAUGAUUUAUGCAAGCAACUGUUCGCACACGGUGGCUUACCCAAGAGCUUCAUGAAACAGACUAAGACAUUCACAGAGACUGCACUGAUGGUCCGGCUCCCAGCUCUGGAUAUCAUCAACUGUAUUAAAGCCACAGACUUCAAUAAACCGGCUAUCAGAUAUGUGCUGUAUGGUGACAAGGGAACAGGAAAGUCAUUGACUCUAGCUCAUUUGUUGCACUUUGCACAUGAGGAUGGCUUUCUUAUUGUUCAUAUACCUUGGGUGUCAGAGUGGUUGCGGAGGGUGCCUCGACACAAAGAAAUGUCCAACUCACAGACUAAGGAAGGUUAUGUUGAUAUUCCCCUGGACGCUGCUGCCUGGCUGCUACACUUCAAGAUGCAGAAUCAAGUGCUCUUAAAAACUGGCGAUUUGAAAAUAUCAAAAGAGUAUGUGUGGAGUAAACGAGAGAAGACAGAGGAAGGGGCGCCGCUAGCCGAUCUAGUGGAGCAUGGUAUUGCAAGAGUGAAGUACGCAUGUGACGUCAUUGAAGUGCUCAUCAAGGAGAUUAAACUACUUUCCGAAUCCAAGAAAUGCAAGACUUUUGUAGCAAUAGAUGGUUUCAACAGUUUCUUCUACCCGCUGACGAGGCUCAGAACACCAACAAAGAAGAAGGUAACCCCGGAAGAAGUCAGUCUCACUGCACCGUUCAUGGAUAUCACUAGAAAUGACUGGAGUAAUGGAGUAGUGGUCCUCACAACAGAUGUACUUGCAGUACCUGACGACCGCCAAGAAAACUACUUUCCUAAAUAUUUACUUUAUCAAAAGGGCUUUGAGCACUUGGAUCCGUUUGUGCCUGUGGAAAUAGGAAGGUACACUGAGAAAGAGUUCAUGUCCUGUGCCAACUACUACAGAGACAGGCUGUGGCUGCGAGGGCCUCCAGAGCUGGAGAGUGAACUGAAACUAGCCAGCACCUCCGACAAUGUGGCGUUUUCCGAUGCACUCUCCCACAUAAAACCAGAAGAUCACCUCCAUUCCAACAAGAGUGUUAAGUGUAGCUUGCUUGACUGUCUGGUUCUUCCAUUGUUAAGCGUGUUAGUCCUAAGUAAUGCAAUAUUGCAAGGAACAGUAGAUGUAAAGCGGCUGCAAGGAAUCUUGGAGGAAGGUGCGAAGAGCAAAGAUGCUGGUGUAUUGUACUACUCCCUCAAAGGCCUGACGUUGCUAAAGGCUCCCAUACCAGAUGUCUGUGAUGUUAUAUCAAAAAUCAACAUUGAUCUCCAGAGUAUUGAACAAGUGUUCUAUCUCACCAAUGCAGCACAGCUAAGUGGUUGUCAGAACUUCCUCAAGCCUGAUAUCCUAGGACCCCCCGUGGCUACUCUAGACAAGAAGGAUGCGACACUGGCAGACAUCUAUCAUGCUAUUUAUUCAAUGAAAGCUUUGGGCAAGGGUACAGUGUAUGACAGAGAGGAUUCUUUGAAGAAUCUCAUCCAGAUUUUGAAAAAGGAUGACACUCCAGCUAACUAUGGCUACGUGUUCGCGAUGUGUGAACACAUGGGGUGCGCCGCGUGGACGGCCGCGCACGCUGAGAGCGCGCUGCUGGCGGCUGACGAGACAGACUCCAAGGUGCUGCACUUCGACGGAGGCCUUCCUGUCACCUCCUUUGUGCUGUCCACCAUCCUCAGAACAUACAAGAGCCUGAAGAAGCCGUCGCCGCUAACGGAGGAGCAGCGCUACAAGUUCGCGGCGUACCUACUGUCGCGUCGCUCCGUCACGUCACCACGCGGCGCCGCCUUACUGCUUGAAGCAGCUAUGCACCUUGCGGAUGAACAGCCAACACCAAUCAGCAUAGUAUUCAAAGACAAGAAAUACAUCACAUCCGAAUCAGAUACUAUCGAGUUUUCAGUCACCGACCUGAUCGGGAGACCAGUCCCCAAUCUCAAACCUGAAGAAGUUGUAGCCCAAUCUGGGACUCGCUUGGCUGAUGAUGUGGUUGUGUUGUCCAAACAACCGUUAACCCAGAAGCCGAACGAGCAGACGACUUUCGUCCUUAAUCUGAGUAAGAUUAAGGCUCAACACGGCUUGUACAAGAUAUCUUUGAGUGCUGGUGCCAAAUCUGCCAACUUUAAUGUGGCGGUGUUGGGUGAAAUAGUGGUGUCGAGUGUGGAGAUUGGAGUGGGUGAUGUGGAUGGGACGACCAGCCCCAAGCUAACUACUGUGAUGUACCCUAACAAGUUGGCUGAGAAACUGCAGGCCGAUCAUUUGCAGAAAGUGAGCCUGAAGUUCACUGUGCGCGACAAAUUCAACAAACCAGUGCUAGUGCAGCAGGCGUUUAUACGUGUCGCGCCGCUCUCAGGGCAGGAGGAGGCCAUCUACGUCGCCGAACCCGAUAACUCCAAGACGUACAAAGUUGACUUGAACGUGGGCGCGAUAUCCAAGCACCUGAGCAACGUGAACGGUGUGUACUCGGUGACGCUGCUGCUGGGCGACAGCGCGGUCGCCGCGCCCGUCGCCUGGCACCUCGCCGACCUCGCGCUGCACUUCGGCAAGGACGCCAAUGCGCUCGGAGAAUCAGUGAAGUCGGCUCCAGUCGGCAGCGCGUACCGCGGCCCGCUGCCGGAAGUGUCGCACACGUUCCGCGAGGCGGAAGCGCGGCCGCCGCGCCUCGUGUCGGACGUGUUCGCGUGCGCGUGCGCCGCGCCGCUGCUGCUGCUGCUGAUCCUGUGGGCGCGGCUCGGACUCAACUUCUCCCUGUUCCCGUUCUCGCCCAGUGCGCUGCUCUUCCACGCGGGGCUCGGAGGUUCGCUGUCGCUGUACGCGCUGCUGUGGCUGCAGCUGUCCAUGUUCGACACGCUGCGCUACCUGCUGCCCGCCGCCGCGCUCACCUUCCUGUCCGGCCACCGCCUGCUGCGCCGCCUCGCGCAACAGAAAACUGUGCGCUGAUGCGCGUACAUAACUAUAAUUAUAAUAAUAUAAAUAAAUAAUUAUGUGAUUUAAUGAGUA